GCAUUCAGAGGCACUGACGGGGGGGUGAAUCGGCGUCGAUGUUGUAAACUGGCUGUAAAUUUCAAGGCUCUUCCCCGCCCUCCCAGAUUCACGUGUGAUAUGUUGUGUUUGAGUGUUACACAAACUCUUCAUUGUCAUGUCACUCCACACACACAUUUGACACCUGCUGUACAGGAAGUGCUUUCAGAUGGACAGCAGUGAAGGAAGUGGCCUUCCUCACCACAGACAGCCUUAUCUUGCAGUUGCCUUGGACGAAGCACAGCUGGGUGUUCUUGGGCAGCGGGGAGAAAAAAAUGGCCUCUCAUUUGUGGAGAGGGUGAAAGCGCAGUGUUGGUUUUCUCGUACUAGGUUGAAAAGCUUCCUGCUGAGCUUUUUUCCCGUCUUGUCAUGGCUUCCUCGCUACUCCAUCAGAGAAAACAUUGUUCGAGACCUGGUGUCUGGAGUGAGUGUCGGGAUCCUUCAUCUUCCACAGGGUAUGGCCAAUGCCAUAGUGGCCGGAGUUCCUGCAGUGUUUGGUCUGUACACCUCUCUCUAUCCUCUGAUCAUCUACUUCAUCUUCGGCACGUCAAGGCACCUCUCCAUUGGUCAUUUUGCUGUCUUGGCCAUCAUGAUUGGGUCUGUUACAGCUAAUGUGGAGUUGCUUAGCAACAGUGAUGAAGAGAGUCAGGUUGAUGUGGAGGCAGCCAAAGUAAAUGUAGCUGUACAACUCACGGUCCUCUGUGGCCUGAUACAGCUCCUACUGUACUUGCUGCGUGGAGGUGGCAUGUGUCGCUGGAUUUCUGACCCCGUGAUCCGAGGCUACACCACAGCAGCAGCUCUGCAUGUGAUCAUCCUGCAGCUGCCACUGAUGACUGGAAUACCUGCACAGAGACACACUGGUCUGAUGGCUUCAGCAUGGACGUUGAAGAGUGUUCUGUAUGGACUGACCAGCUUUGUACCAGGAGAUCUGUCCGUCUCUGUGGUUUCCACAGUGAUACUCAUCGGUGGCAAGAUGCUGAAUGAGAACUUUAAGAACAAGUUGCCCCUUGCCAUACCCUGGGAACUUAUACUGGUUGUGCUUGGCACCGUCAUGUCAGUGCUGAUGGAUCUGAGUGGACAGCACAGAGUCCAGGUGGUGGGACACAUACCCACUGGCUUGUCUCCUCCAGUCCUUCCAUCUCUGUCUCAGAGCAGGGAGCUGUUUUUUCCUGCUUUCUCUAUGGCUCUGGUUAGCUUCUGUUUCCUUUCAGCCAUUGGCUCAGUGUUUGCCCAAAAACAUGGCUACAAAGUGGAUCCCAGCCAGGAACUGCUGGCUGUGGGUCUGUGUAACACCAUUGGAGGAAUGUUUCAGUGCUUUGCCGUCAGCUGCUCCUUCUCCCGCAGCAUGGUCCAGGAUAGCAUCGGUGUCAAAUCUCAAAUGGCAGGUUUGGUAUCUGCUCUGGUGAUUCUCACCAUCCUGUUGAAGAUUGGUCCUCUCUUUGAGCAGCUGCCAAAGGCAGUGUUGGCAGUGAUCAUUGUGGUGAACCUGCAGGGGUUCCUGGCUCAGUUCAGAGAUGUGUGUGUGCUCUGGAAGUCUGACAGAUUAGACAUGCUGGUGUGGGUGGUGUCACUGAUGUCCACACUGAUAUUUAACCUGGACCUGGGUCUGGCUGUUGCCAUCGUCUUCUCUCUGCUCGUACUCCUCUACAGGACACAACACUCCCCCACUGUUGUUUUAGGUCGUAUUCCCGGCACAGACUGUUACAGAGACGUGGGACUCUACACAGAGGCAAAGCAAGUUCCUGGAGUGACCAUCGUCUCCUGCUCCAGUCCAGUUUACUUUGCCAACUCUGCACUGGUCUUUACAGAGAUCACAGAGACAGUGAGUCGCUGUCAGAAAGAAAACCCAGCUCAAGUCAGCACUGCUCCCCCCUCCUCCUCCUCCUCCUCAACCUCAACCCAGACAAUAAUAACACACACUCACUGCUUGGUUGUUGACCUCAGCUCAGUCAAUUUCUUUGACUCAAUGGCCAUGACAGCUUUCUGCAAGGUUGUUGAUGACUUGCAUGUCCAGGGUGUCUCUGUGUUUGUGGCAUCAUGCUCAGACGGCGUUUUAUCCCAGCUUCAGACUCAUGGCUGUGUUCCAGACACACUGCCCAGUUCCUGUCUCUUCCCAUCGGUACAUCAUGCUGUCCAGCGCCACCUCAGCCGGUUGCCCAGGCCUCUGGAGGAAACCCAACGAGACAAGUGAUUGUUGAGCGGCUGCUGCUUCUGAAAGGACAGAAAACAAUCGCUGCUGUCAAACACUUGCACUGCGCUUAUCUCAGUGAUCAAUGUGGUUGUUCCCAAUUAGACAUUUAAAUGAGUGGCCUCUCUGUCGAGACAUUUUUGAGACUGUAACCAGGAGACCAUGGUGUCAGUCCAUCUACCUUCUCCACUGCACCAGUCAUCCCAGAUGAGACUUGAACCCACAAAAUGGAGGACAGUGUCUUAUUAGACGAUGUUUGUGUUGAUGAAAAGCAUAAUUCACUUUCCCCGGCCUUGAAGCAGAAGUAAGUAAGAUUGCUGUUUAAAAAAAGAAAAGUUUUAUCCACGGGUUAUUACAAAUACUCGUAUCUUUCAAAACAACGUUAUAACGUCCUAAACAAAGGGAGGCGGGGUCAAGUUAGUUCAGUUGAGACAACUUGAUUGAUCCCAGGAAGACAAUUCAUUUUCUCCUAAUUACAAUCACACAAACAACAUGUUACCUGUCAAAGUGCAGAUCAAGAGAACUAACGUAAUCAAGCAAUAAAUGUUGUCUGUCCUCUUGAGUCAGUAAAAAAAUGACCACUAUCGAAUUUGAAUAAACUGGUUGAUAAUA